AUGCCUGAACCGGUGCCAUCUCAAUCGUUACGCAGUAAAAAACUUAUUCAGAUAAUGCCUGAAGAGGCUGGUGGAACAGCUUGGCAAGUAGAAGAUGAACCAUUUUAUCAUGGUUUUAUGUCAAAUAAUGAAUGCAAACCACUGCUUACAAAUGCGGGUGAUUUUCUGGUACGACGGGCAGAAAUUGAUGGUGAAAUGCAAUAUGUCAUCACUGUUCUUCCAGAAAAUUCAAAUGAAAUUACAAAUUUUAUCAUCAAGAAGACUCGUCCUAAACACUUAUAUUACGUGUACAUAUACGCAUUCAAGACAAUUUCUGAUCUAAUUGCAUAUCAUAGUCGUAUGAAAAAGCCAUUAAAUAAUGAAAACGUAUGCAUUGUGAAAGGGAUUGCACGAAGUGAUUGGCAACUUGCCCAUGAACAGAUUGAACGAAACAAAAAAUUGGGUGAGGGAGCAUUUGGUGAGGUUUGGGAAGGAACGCUUAACCUUGGAGUGUUUCGUGGUUACAUACCGGUGGCAAUCAAAACACUUCAUUCAGGAAAUAUUAGUGCAGAUGAAAGAAUUAAAUUUCUUCGAGAAGCAAAUUUAAUGCUUAAACUAAGCCAUCCUAAUAUCAUUAAAUUUUAUGGAGUAGCAACCUUAAAGGAUCCUAUUAUGAUAGUUAUGGAGUUUGCUAGUGGUGGAUCACUCCUUGCACGAGUACAGAAUACCAAACGACCGCCUACCGAUGCGGAUAAGAUACGAUAUUGUGCUGGGGCGGCUUCUGGUCUGGCAUAUCUCGAAACAAUGCAGAUUAUUCAUCGAGACAUUGCCGCACGAAAUUGUUUGCUGAAUGCAGAUGAUGAGGUUAAACUGAGUGAUUUUGGACUGUCAUUGCUUGGAAUUAAAUAUCGCGAAAGAAGCAUGAAAAAUGUGCCUAUUCGAUGGUUAUCACCGGAAACACUAAAACAUGGACGUUUUUCAUCAAAGACCGAUGUCUGGAGUUUCGGUAUAACCAUUUGGGAAAUAUAUUCAGGCGGUCAGGAACCAUAUGCAGAAAUUCAGGAUAAUAAGGAAUUGCGACGAGGUAUUAUUGAACAACGGGUAAAGAUAUGCAGCCCACCUGGUAUGCCACCGAUGAUGCAGCAAAUAAUGUUUAGCUGUUUGACAUAUGAUCCGAAAAAUCGUCCAACAUUUCAGGAAUUGAAUGUGAAACUAUCUGCUGCUCGACCCAGUAGUAGUAGUAGCUAUUUCACGCUGUCAUCCAAAAUUAAAGGAUUAUUUCACUUUUAA